AUGAAUUUCUUCAGGGGAGUGAUGGGUGGACAACCCGCGGGGCCACAGCCGACUGGAGCGGAGACGGUGAGAAACGAAACUCGGCUAGCAUGUUAGGCUAACAAGCUAGCUAAUGUCACACACAACCUGGUGGACAGAAUCGUAGGACAAUUGUGUGUAGUUAAACUUUAGUUGUGUUUAUAGUUGCUAGACAUGCAAAUGUGUUCAAUUUCAUGUUUUCCAGGCUGAAAGACCGGUGUAGGCCUUGUAACGGUGCUCUAUACAAAUAGCCUCACGAGCACAGACAGAAUGUGUCAAUCAAUACAGUGAUUCACGGAAACAUUUCUGCAGAGUUAGCUAGCUCAGCUGGUUAGCCUAAUUGGCACAGGAGAACAAUUGAACGGGUGUAGCCUGCUGAUAGUCCGGAGCUGUCAGCGUUUUUUGGGAAGAAAAAGCUUGACAUGACCGGCUGCCACUAAAUGAGCAGAUGUCUUCGUAUGUGAUAGUUUACAUGCCUUGCAUCCAUCCAACUGUUUACUGUCAUCUGGGAGAUUAUAGAUGGCUACUUGGAUUGCAGUGCACAAACCAAAAACACAGCCAAAUUCCACAUGAAUCCAUUGGUUGUGAAUGGGUCUCCUGCUGGCAUUCCUUUCAUGGUGACAGAAUGGGGAGGGACUGCGUGACGGUGAUAUAUUUAAGUCCCUUCCCCGUGCCAUACAGGAGAAUGUGUGUGAUAUAAAUAAAUAAUAUGCCAUUUAGCAGACGCUUUUAUCCAAAGCGACUUACAGUCAUAUCUCAGGCUGCUAUCAAAAGAAGGCAUUUCAAUCUGAAUGGUGCAUAUGAAUUAGUAAUAGAUAGAGAUCUCUGUCUUCAAUCAAUCAAUAAAAUGUAUUUAUAAAGCGCUUUUUACAUCAGCAGAUUUCACAAGCACUUAUACAGAUACCCAGCCUAAAACCCCAAAGAGCAAGCAAUGCAGAUGUAGAAGCAUGGUGGCUAGGAAAAACUCACUAGAAAGGCAGGAACCUAGAGGAACCAGGCUCUGAGGGGUGGCCAGUCCUCUUCUGGCUGUGCCGGGUGGAGAUUAUAAGAGCACAUGGCCAUUUAAGGCCAGAUCGUUCUUCAAGAAGUUAAUAGAUGACCAGCAGGGUCAAAUAAGAAUCACAGGGGUCCUAUCUUGUCAGCCUUGUCAGCAGGUGGCUAAGGAUAACACCCACGCCAUAGGUCUCUCAGUUCUUCCAACUCACGAGUUCUUGCCCUGAGGACACACACACACACACCCACACACACACAUCAUCACUGAUAAACACACACACACACACACACACACACACACAUCAUCACUGAUAACAAACACACACACACACACACACACACACACACUGAUAACAAACACACACACACACACACAAAUCCUCUUCUCUUAGGCUGAACAUCUGAAGACAGAGAACCCGACUCAGAGCCAAUGCAACAGUGACACUAGCCUGGAGGUGACCUCGCCCAACUCAUCAGGACCAAUCAGAAGAUCAGAACUACUAGAUUCAACCUACUUCAUUUUAUUGUAUAAAAUGUCAGCACACAAUGUUUAGGGGCUCUUCUGAUAAACUCCCUACGAGUUUGACGAACGGGUCCGUGCACGCGAUUCCAGAUAUCUUUACCUCUGAAUAAACUGCCUUAUAUUAUACAAUUAUCCACCUUGUCCAAAAGUCUCUACUUGGUCUCCGUUCUCCAGUAAACUUGUUUUAUCAACAAUAGUAAGGUUCAAUGACACAGAAAGCAGUUCAAUGUCGGGGUACAGAGUCGCUCUCUUACCAGGAUCGCGGUCCGCUCUGACCAGGGUGAAGCCGGCCGGCUCCACCUCUCUGUCCGGGACUCUGUCAUCCAGCCAAGUCUCCCAGCUGUAUUGGGAUUCCGCUGCCAGCAGCGUUUUCAUUAUUUAGUCCGUUCGUAGCGGGUAUGUACACGAUCAACAAGAUCAGUCCAAAACCGAAGAUCAGUCCAAAGCAGAAUGUUUGCAGAAUGUUUGUAAACUAAGUCUACAAAUUAAAAACAUAAAAUAACGCCACACUGCAGGUCGCAACAUAGACGCUGUUAGCCGCCAUUGUCUUAGUUACGUUCAACGUUACGUCACGUAUGACGAAAGCGCGUAAGUGCAUGCCCACAGACACCGUAGAGGGUGCAACAGGUCAGCACCUCAGGAGUAAAUGUCAGUUGGCUUUUCAUAGCCGAGCAUUCAGAGGUCGAGACAGCAGGUGCGGUAGAGAGAUGUUUGUCCUUCAAGGACAAACAUGCCAACAUAGGGCAUGAGACAGCCUAUAGGGAGGAGGUCAAAGACCUGGCAGUGUGGUGCCAGGACCACAACCUCUCCCUCAACGUCAGCAAGACAAAGAAGCUGAUCGUGGACUACACGAAACGGAGGGCCAAGCACUCUCCCAUUGACAUCAACGGGGCUGUAGUGGAGCGGGUUCAGAGCUUCAAGUUCCUCGGUGUCCACAUCAGUAAGGUCCUAUCAUGGUCCAAACACACCAACAGGCAUGAAGAGGGCACAACAACGCCUCUUCCCCCUCAGGAGGCUGAAAAGAUUUGGCAUGGGCCCUCAGAUCCUCAACGUUGCGCCAUUGAGAGCAUCUUGACUGGCUGCCUCACCGCUUGUUAUGGAAACUGCUUGGCAUCCGACCGCAAGGAGCUACAGAGGGUAGUGCGUACGGCCCAGUACAUCACUGAGGCCGAACUUCCUGCCAUCCAGGACCUCUAUACCAGGCAGUGUCAGAGUAAGGCCCUAAAAAUUGUCAAACUCCACUCCGGCCACCCAAGUCAUAGAAUGUUCUCUCUGCUACCGCACGGCAAGUCUGGAACCAGCAGGACCCUGACCAGCUUCUAUCCCCAAGCCAUAAGACUUCUAAAUAGUUAACCCAAUAGCUACCCGGACUAUCUGCAUUGACCCUUUUUUAAGCUAAAUUUUUUGACUCAUCACAGACACUGCUGCUACUGUUUAUUAUCUAUCCUGUUACCUAUUCACUUUAUUCCUAGCUUUAUGUACAUAUCUACCUCAAUUACCUCGUACCCCUGCACAUCAACUCGGUACUGGUACCCCGUGUAUAUAGCCAAGUUAUCGCUACUCAUUGUGUAUUUAUUAUUACGUGUUAUUACUUUUCUGUUCUUUUCUUUCUCUGCAUUGUUGGAAAGGGCCGUAAGUAAGCAUUUCACUGUUAGUCUACACCUGUUGUUUACGAUGUGACGAAUAAAAUUUGAUUUGACUGAACUUAGAUUGAACACAUUGUCCUGAAUCUGCAGUAGAUGUAUGCCUAUGUAUCAGUACAUGAUUGCAGGGGGUGGUAGGUAGCCUAGUGGUUAAGAGUGUUGGGCCAGUAAGCGAAAGGUUUCUGGUUCGAGCCGGCAAGGUGGAAAAAUCUGCUGUUCUGCCCUUAAGCAAGGCAAUUAACUCCCACAACAACUGCUACUUGGCUGCCAAUGACGUGGAUGUCAAUUAUGGCAGCCCCCCGCACCUCUAUGAUUCAGAGGGGUUGGGUUAAAUGCGGAAGACACAUUUCGGUUGAAUGGAUUCAGUUGUGCAACUGACUAGGUAUCCCCUUUAACAUAUUGUGUUAACCAUGAAUUAUUUUGAUUGAACCACAGAUCCAUAAGCUGUGUGACCGCGUGGCCUCCUCCACACUCCUGGAGGACCGCAGGGACGCUGUCCGAGCCCUCAAAUCCCUCUCAAAGGUAGGAGACAAUCACAUUAGGCUAAUCUCUAUUGUUGCACCAUUGUUACACUGUUGAUGCACCUUUGUUGUGUCAUGAUUGUACCAUUGUUACACUGACAAUUGUUACUCAUUAUUUAUAAAUGCAUGUUAAAGCAUUGAGGCAUCAGAGACCGUUUAUGAUGUCACACAUGUAGCUUAGGCCUCGUCUAAAUAUGAGCUUUUCUCCUGUGCAUUGUUUUAAGCGAACAGCGCUAGAGUUAUCUUGAUGUUCGUUAUCUUGUGAGCAGGGACACAUCCCCCUAUCACCCCUCACGCAUCCCCUAUCACCCCUCACUCAUCCCCCUAUCACCCCUCACUCUAUGUAAACAUCCUCAGGCUCUAUCUAAACAGCCUGGGAUGGGCUGUGUCUCAAUCCUCUUAAAUCACCUCAUUAUCUCGCCACCUUUCCUCUUUACACUGAUCAGGAAAGACAGACUGGGGAAAAGUAAUGUAGGAAUUCAUGGGUUGCACCUCCGUCACUUGGUCGCAUCGUUGCCAUUGUUAUCAACAUUCUACAGAUGCCGCAGCAUCUGACUAAUGGUUAAGUCUUUCUGAACUAAUGUUAAUGACUAUUUAGUCAAAUUUACACUAGAGUGGGCUGGAAAUACGAUGACAUUGCUAAAGUAGACAAAUAAUUAGUAGAAAACAACUUUGCCAUCAUUAUGAUGUCGUCAAGUUGACUUUAGAGAGAUGGCAAUGUUGCCAUGAGCUAGCAAAGUUCUUCAGAAAUAGCUAGCAAUGCUAACGUUAGCUAGCUAAAAUUUGGGUGCUCUCGCUUCAAUCUUAGCUAGCUAGCUAACGUUAUACUGCAUCUAAAGUCAAUCUGGAGACAUCACAAUGACGACAAAUACGUUUCCUACUAAUUAUUUGCCUCCUUUUGAGAUGUAAUCUGUUUCCAAGUCACAGUAAUGCACUAGACAAAAUGUUCAUCACCCAUUGAGACUGCAUUGAGUAGAAUGCUCAGUUGGGCAUCAGUCCUAAAACGAACGUUCCAAACAGUUUUGUGAGGAAACGUGCAACCCAUGAAUAGGAUGGAAUAAGGAGGGUACCUAUUGUUGGCUCGAUGCGUUCACUGGUCCAGUUCUCUUUAACAAAGCACUGUUGAGAAAGAAGACAAGGAAAGGAAGCCACUUUUGAGUAUUGACAUGUUGAGUACAAACCUGACUAAUUCCCUCAGUCCCUACUCUCUACUGUAUUAAAGGUCUAGAGACCUCUAGGCUAUAACUGACUGACUGGCCACUAGCUGCCUCAUCAACCAUGAGUAAUGAGUUUAUCAGGCAUGAAUAAGGAGUUUAUGGGGAAUGGGGUCACACACAGACAGACAGACAGACAGACCAGCCAAGGAAAAACAACCCUAGCCAGAGAAACACACCAGCUGGUGGUUGUUGAAUUGCAUUAGCUCUGUUUGGCCCUAGUAGGUUUUACUCAACGUUGAUGACACAAGGGGUAACUAACCACACAGGUUUGUCUUAUCAGAUCAGAGAUGUCACAAAGCAAACCACUGUUCUGUUAUUUAACUCUGCUUUCAGAAUGUAUUGUACUAAGGCCUGUAUUUUACCUAAGGUCAUGUGUGGAGCUAAAACGUGUAUUGUUCAUGCAGACACAGGUGGACAUCAACAGUUAGGGAGGAGCACUGAGGAAAAACAGGCAUAGCUUAGAGUUAAAGCAAAAGUAAUAUCCUCUGAUCCAAGGGCUGCCUAGGGGAAAACAAUGAUUUGCUGUUCUCCUGACUUGACUGUUGGUUUUGAUUUGUAGAAAUAUCGCUUUGAAGUUGGCACUCAGGCUAUGGACCACCUGGUUCACGUACUGCAAACUGACAGGUAUGUUUUGUGUUUGUUUCUAUGAUUUAAGAGCUUUAUUCCUAACCCUUGCCCUAUGCUCCUCAUUAGCACAUUGUAAAAGUCUGGUGGGGUGAUUUAAGGCGAGCGUUUUGUAUGGUGCUCGGUCGUUGCUAAGAGUACUUAAUAUUUCAGGGACUUAGGGGAUGAAAGCGGUGCUUGUUUUGUUGAUAUCCUACCCCUCCCAUUUUUUGCAGGUCGGACUCUGAAAUCCUUGGCUACGCUCUGGACACACUUUAUAAUAUCAUCUGCAACGACGAAGAGGAGGAACAAGGUGUUUAGGUGUUAAAAACCUAGUCCUCUUCUACAGAGGGUUGUGAACAGGCCCCAGAACUAUCAAUCAUUUAGUAUUUAGUCAUUGUGGAGCCUCUAUUUUUAACUGCAUGUUCAAAAACACUCCACCUUUUUGGAAAAAUGUUUUUGAAUGACAACAAGAAAGCCCUAUUCUAGUAACCAUAGCAUGUGUAAUUGAGUUCAAUUAUUGCCAAUUAAUUGGACUUCAAAUCAAAAUGGACCCUGUCGUCCUCUUCCACACUCGCCCCAUUUCUCUCUCUUUCUCUCUCUCUAUUGAUGUUAAUUGCUAUGUAUGUAAAGAUUCUCAUCUCUCUCUUCUCUUCCAUGUUUAAACUCUACAGACGAAUCUGAAGGUAAAACUCUUGUUUGUGCAUGACGCCCCCCCCCCAACCACUAGUGACGCUUCUUGUAAAUGACAUGCAUCGUUCCUCUCCGUUGGUUGUUUUGCUCUCCUGUGGUGCACAGUAGGUUGUUAGACUGAAAUGCAGCGCUUUGGCAGAAUCAAUGGAGAAAUACUAGGGCUAUAUUUAUGUCUUCUGUACGAGUCGAAUUGUCUGACUCUUGUUCUGCACCUCAUCACAGUGGGUAGAAUUAAGGAUAUAGCUUUGGAUGGGGCUUCAAUCUCUUGCUCUCCCCCCUUCUUACAGACAUGGCGGCCACACCCCCUAUCCCUGUCUCAGGGAAGCAUAAGAACAUGCCUGUGUCUGGUCAGUAGUAGUACUGUAGACUAACUAGUACACAGAAACCUCACGGGUGUGGUAACUCUUACUAGUCAACUGAACUAACCUCACUAAAAUGUGUUGGAAUGGGAAGUAUGGUUUAAUAUAGUAAUGACUGGGGGGUAAUAACAUGUCACUAAUACCACUCCUGCCUCAGCCUCUCUCCUGUCCUGCAGCAUUUGUCUUCCCAUUGCUCUUCUGCUUUUCCUCACAAUUAGCAUAUGUAGUCAAACGCACAUCACUCUUCACAGGGUGCUGGGACCAAAACGUUUUGGUUCUAAAAGAAGAAUGUUAGAUUCUAAAAGACGAAUGUUAGAUUCUAAAAGAAGAAUGUUAAUUCUAAAAGCAUCCUCUUCCUCACAGUUCUACAUUUAAACCAUGUGGUGAGGUUAUUCUAGAAUUACAGAUUGUCUCUAUCUGGUUGUUCUUGGUGGGAAAUAUUUUAUUUUGCCUAGAACCCUAGAUAAUUGAGUGUGUUGUGUAUAAUACGAUGCUCCAGUACUUUUGUGUGCUUUUAGACUGGGUGUGAACCAAUUCACUGUGCCCUACCACAUCCCCUCUCGCUAACUCCUCUCCCCUACCCCUCUCUGGUGCUAGCCUACCACAACCCCCUACCAUCAACACCCCUAUCCCUCUUGCCCCCUCCGUCUCUCCCCCUGUCUGUCUUUCUCUGGAGCCUGUUCAUGAGUAGGAUUUUGAGUUUUCCCUGCCUGGUCACAUGGUCAGGAGGACAAACUCCUGGUCCUAUUCAUGAGGGUCAGUCUGAACUAGGUACUGCCAGAUUCACUAACCAUUCCUUAAUAAAGAUCUAUUCAUACUCCAGCUCAAGUGAUUUAUAGAUCAAAACAUCUGUGCAGUGCCUCGGUGAGAUUGAUCUCUGAACAAGCACUAUUCUAUGACCCACUCCAGCCUUGCCCUGAAACAUGGCUGUAGACUCCUAUGUAGAGUAGCCAUGUCUCAUGUGGCAACUUCCGGCUUAACAUGGCACACCCAGAGGUCUUUAAACCUUUGACCUUUGACCUUUUCAGAUGAGAACGCCCAGAAGCAGGAAGAAGACCUGGGAGUCCUGUUCACUGACAAGUUCCUCGGCGACUCUGAGAACGUGACACUUCUACUGACUCUGUUAGAGGUAAACAGACCAGAGACCCAAACAUCUACUUUGUGUGUUUAUGAGAGCUAGUGGUCUCUAACCCAUGGUCUCUGUGUUAACUAGACCUGGAGACCCAUUGUGUGUGGUGGUUUACAGACCAACUGGCUUCAUAAUUCAUAAUAUGAGCAUAAGCCUAAAAUCUGCUCUGCUUAUAUACAGGAUUACAAGGGUGUAGUUGAUUUCCCACCCUGCCUGUGACACUGACUCCCUGUCUGUUUCAGGAGUUUGACUUCCACGUGCGGUGGCCAGGAGUGAAGCUGCUCACCGCUCUGUUGAAGAACCAGUGUAACCAGGUCCAGGGCGUCAUCCUGGUCAGCCCUAUGGGUGAGUCCUCUAACAACUGACCUGGAAAUCAGCUUGUUACCUGUAUAAAAGACACCUGUCCACAGAAGCAAUCAAUCAAUCAGAUUCCAAACUCUCCACCAUGGCCAAGACCAAAGAGCUCUCCAAGGAUGUCAGGGACAAGAUUGUAGACCUAGACAAGGCUGGAAUGGGCUACAAGACCAUCGCCAAGCAGCUUGGUGAGAAGGUGACAACAGUUGGUGCGAUUAUUCGCAAAUGGAAGAAACACAAAAGAACUGUCAAUCUCCCUCGGCCUGGGGCUCCAUGCAAGAUCUCACCUCGUAGAGUUGCAAUGAUCAUGAGAACGGUGAGGAAUCAGCCCAGAACUACACGGGAGGAUCUUGUCAAUGAUCUCAAGGCAGCUGGGACCAUAGUCACCAAGCAAACAAUUGGUAACACACUACGCCGUGAAGGACUGAAAUCCUGCAGCGCCCGCAAGGUCCCCCUGCUCAAGAAAGCACAUAUACAGGCCCGUCUGAAGUUUGCCAAUGAACAUCUGAAUGAUUCAGAGGAGAAGUGGGUGAAAGUGUUGUGGUCAGAUGAGACCAAAAUCAAGCUCUUUGGCAUCAACUCAACUCGCCGUGUUUGGAGGAGGAGGAAUGCUGCCUAUGUCCCCAAGAACACCAUCCCCACCGUCAAACAUGGAGGUGGAAACAUUAUGCUUUGGGAAUGUUUUUCUGCUAAGGGGACAGGACAACUUCACCGCAUCAAAGGGACAAUGGACGGGGCCAUGUACCGUCAAAUAUUGGGUGAGAACCUCCUUCCCUCAGCCAGGGCAUUGAAAAUGGGUCGUGGAUGGGUAUUCCAGCAUGACAAUGACCCAAAACACACUGCCAAGGCAACAAAGGAGUGGCUCAAGAAGAAGCACAUUAAGGUCCUGGAGUGGCCUAGCCAGUCUCCAGACCUUAAUCCCAUAGAAAAUCUGUGGAGGGAGCUGAAGGUUCGAGUUGCCAAACGUCAGCCUCGAAAACUUAAUGACUUGGAGAAGAUCUGCAAAGAGGAGUGGGACAAAAUCUGCUGAAUUGUCUGACAUCAGCCUGCGCCGACAACUGACCCAGAAUCAGCUGGUGUGAUUUAGAUUUAUCCUCUCAAUAUUUUAUUUAUCUCACUGGUGAAGUAGUAGUAUGUCAAGAAGUGCUGGUCUUGUCUCUUUUAUGCCCUAAAGCAGAUUACCCUAAUUAGCCUACUUGACCAUUAGUAUAGUUAUUUUUUGACUGAUUCGCCUGGCUGGUCUCUGAGUUAUGUUGUUGUUAAUGGUCCUUCUUUCUCCACUGCAGGUGUUUCUAGACUGAUGGACCUAUUAGCUGACUCCAGAGAAGUCAUCCGUAAUGAUGUGAGUACUUCUCCUACUGACUGCUCCUUCAGAUGGUCUUUAGUUGUAAGACCCGUAAGGUCACAGGAGCUAGCUACAGUCUGCUAGCUUACCUUUCUGGUGAUACAAGACACUGGGACGGUUUCCCAGACACAGAAGUCGUCUUCGACUAAAAAAGCAAGUCUUGUUUCUGGGAAACCGGCCCAAAAUCAUACUAGCUGGUCUUAUAUCAAAUCAAAUUGUAUUGGCCACAUGCGCUGAAUACAACAGGUGUAGACAUUACAGUGAAAUGCUUACUUACAGCCCUUAACCAACAAUGCAUUUAUUUUGUAAUAAAAAAAGUAAAAUAAAACAACAACAAAAGUGUUGAGAAAAAAAGAGCAGAAGUAAAAUAAAAUAACAGUAGGGAGGCUAUAUAUACAGGGGGGUACCGGUGCAGAGUCAAUGUGCGGGGGCACCGGCUAGUUGAGGUAGUUGAAGUAAUAUGUACAUGUGGGUAGAGUUAAAGUGACUAUGCAUAAUAAUUAACAGAGUAGCAGCAGCGUAAAAAGAUGGGGUGGGGGGGCAGUGCAAAUAGUUCGGGUAGCCAUGAUUAGCUGUUCAGGAGUCUUAUGGCUUGGGGGUAGAAGCUGUUGAGAAGUCUUUUGGACCUAGACUUGGCACUGGAUGGCAGGACCUCUAUAUAUAUGGGCUUGUUGUUUCUGUUUCUUUGGCUAUAUGACCACUAAAUCAGAGCUACUUUGAUCGUAUACCCUCAGGGCUUGCUGUUGCUGCAGCAGCUGACCAAAGGCAACGCGGCCAUCCAGAAGAUUGUGGCAUUUGAGAACGCUUUCGAGCGUCUCCUAGAUAUCAUAACAGAGGAGGGCAGCAGUGAUGGAGGUAAAUCAAUGGAGGAGUAGUGCCAUAUAUGCAUUCAAGCUAAUUGGCAAUCAAUGGAUCCAUUUCUUAAUAAAUUACUUUUUAUAUGAUUUAAAAUGACAUAUUUCAGUUCAUUCACACUGACCAACACCCACCCUUCAUACUUACGCUCUAGCAUAUUGGCAAUUCAUCAAUUUCUUAAUAAAUUAAAUGUUAUGUGUUAGAAAAAUCAAAUAAUUUCACAAAUGUCUUGACAAACAUCCACCCUCCAUCUUCUCUCUGUCCAGGUAUCGUAGUGGAGGACUGUCUCCUGCUGCUCGUCAACCUGCUGAAGAACAACAGCUCCAACCAGAACUUCUUCAAGGAGGGCUCCUACAUCCAGAGGAUGAAGCCCUGGUUUGAGGUGGGAGACGACAACUCUGGCUGGUCCGCCCAGAAGGUCACCAACCUCCACCUCAUGCUGCAGGUAGGACGCACCACACCACACCACAGACCUGACCUGAUGGUACUUACAUUUCAUUCAGGGAGAAUGGGGGUUUUGAGCCCUGAGGAGUUGACAGAGCAGUGUGAUGGUCUGUUAUGCUCAACUAUUAGGGUCUGUACAGUUCACUGUGCGACGCAUGGCCAGUAUUGGGGGGGGGGUUCUGGUGUAGAGAAUGUCGACUGUAGCACUGUCUCAUCCUUCCAUCUCUUCUCUGGUGCAGUUGGUGCGAGUCAUGGUCUCCCCGGUCAACUCUCCUGGAGCCACCAGUAGCUGUCAGAAGUCCAUGUACCAGUGUGGCCUGCUGCAGCAGCUCUGCACCAUCCUCAUGGCCACUGGCGUGCCUGCUGACAUACUAACUGAGGUAACGUAGACGACUGUUGGAAUGGACCAAAAACGCUUUCUAUCGGUCUUUCUUUCCUUCUUUCUGGAUUUGGUGAAAGCUACCGUCACUUAUGUUAUUGUGUUAGAUCAGUGUCUCAGUAUCUGUCACUGUCUCACUCUUUCUUUCUCCUGUUCUCCUCUCAGACCAUCAACACUGUGUCGGAGGUGAUCCGCGGCUCACAGAUCAACCAGGAUUACUUUGCAUCUGUCAACGCUCCCUCCAACCCCCCAAGGUGAGUUCCACCAGACAGAGGACUGUAAUCAGUUAUAACACAGCCACAGAGUGGAGGUCAUCUCUAAAAACACUAUCCCCUGAUCCCAGAUCUGCCAUGGUAGUGCACUAAUAUAGUAGAAAGGGUGAAAUUUCAACACAAAAAAACUCCAUUAUCUGAUCCCAGACCUGCCAUAGUGGUGCUGCUGAUGUCCAUGGUCAACGAGAGGCAGCCGUUCGUGCUGCGCUGUGCCGUCCUCUACUGCUUCCAGUGUUUUCUCUACAAGAACCAGAAGGGCCAGGGGGAGAUCGUAGCCACCCUGCUGCCCUCCACCAUCGAUGGUCAGUUCAGUUGCACUGAACCUCCAGACUGAAUGUGUUGCUAUUACAAAGCUAUGACCACAUUGUACAGCUGUAGAUGGCAUAUCAUGAAUAUAUAUAUAUAUAUAUAUAUAUACUGUAGGUUAUUGCUUGUUGUUCUCAAGUAAAAAAAAGUAUAGUAGAAAAUAUAUAGUGGAAAAAUAUAGUGGAUCGGAGGCAUAAAUAAUCUUCAUACAGUCAUGGCCAAAAUUGUUGGCACCCCUGAAAUUUUUCCAGAAAAUGAAGUAUUUCUCACAGAAAAGUAUUGAAAUUACACAUGUUUUGCUAUGCACAUGUUAUUUCCUUGUGUGUGUAUUGGAAUAACACAAAAAAAAACAGGAAAAAAGCAAAUUUGACAUAAUUUCACACAAAACUAAAAAAAUGGGCCGGACAAAGUUAUUGGCACCCUUUCAAAAUUGUGGAUAAAUAAGUUUGUUCCAAGCAUGUGAUGCUCCUUUAAACUCACCUGGGCAAGUAACAGGUGUGGGCAAUCUAAAAUCACACCUGAAAGCAGAUAAAAAGGAGAGAAGUUGACUCAGUCUUUGCAUUGUGUUUCUGUGUGUGCCACACUAAGCAUGGAGAACAGAAAGAGGAAAAGAGAACUGUCUGAGGACUUGAGAACCAAAAUUGUGGAAAAAUAUCAACAAUCUCAAGGUUACAAGUCCAUCUCCAGAGAUCUAGAUGUUCCUUUGUCCACAGUGCGCAACAUGAUCAAGAAGUUUGCAACCCAUGGCACUGUAGCUAAUCUCCCUGGACGUGGACGGAAGAGAAAAAUUGAUGAAAGGUUGCAACGCAGGAUAGUCCGGAUGGUGGAUAAGCAGCCCCAAACAAGUUCCAAAGAAAUUCAAGCUGUCCUGCAGGCUCAGGGUGCAUCAGUGUCAGUGCGAACUAUACGUCGAAAUUUGAAUGAAAUGAAACGCUAUGGCAGGAGACCCAGGAGGACCCCACUGCUGACACAGAGACAUAAAAAAGCAAGACUACAGUUUGCCAAAAUGUACAUGAGUAAGCCAAAUUCCUUCUGGGAGAACGUCUUAUGGACAGAUGAGACCAAGAUAGAGCUUUUUGGUAAAGCACAUCGUUCUACUGUUUACCGAAAAUGUAAUGAAGCCUUCAAAGAAAAGAACACAGUACCUACAGUCAAAUAUGGUGGAGGUUCAAAGAUGUUUUGGGGUUGUUUUGCUGCCUCUGGCACUGGGUGCCUUGACUGUGUGCAAGGCAUCAUGAAAUCUGAGGAUUACCAAAGGAUUUUGGGUCGCAAUGUAGGGCCCAGUGUCAGAAAGCUGGGUUUGCGUCCGAGAUCAUGGGUCUUCCAGCAGGACAAUGACCCCAAACAUACUUCAAAAAGCACCCAGAAAUGGAUGGCAACAAAGCGCUGGAGAGUUCUGAAGUGGCCAGCAAUGAGUCCAGAUCUUAAUCCCAUUGAACACCUGUGGAGAGAUCUUAAAAUUGCUGUUGGGAAAAGGCACCCAUCCAAUAUGAGAGACCUGGAGCAGUUUGCAAAAGAAGAGUGGUCCAAAAUUCCGGGUGAGAGGUGUAAGAAGCUUAUUGAUGAUAUCUAUUGCUUAAAAUCACUUUUUUCCUCCUCCCUCCAUCUCUCUCCCUCCCCAGCCAACUCCAUCUCGGCGGGCCAGCUGCUGUGUGGAGGCCUGUUCUCGACUGACUCCCUGUCGAACUGGUGUGCUGCUGUGGCCUUGGCCCAUGCCCUGCAGGACAACCUGACCCAGAAAGAGCAGCUCCUCCGGGUGCAGCUGGCCACCAGCCUGGGCAAGCCCCCCGUCUCCCUGCUGCAGCAGUGCACCAACAUCCUGUCACAGGUACGACACACAGAGAGAGAGAGAGAGAGAGAGACACGUUAUGUGACACACACACACGUGCACAAGCGACUAUGUCAGACCAACAUCCUGUCACAGGUACGACACACAGACAGACAGAUAGACAUGCUAACGUGCUACGGGGGGGUGGGGGGGUGGGGGGGUAUUCAGACUUUACCAAAGGGUUAGCACCAAGGCGGGAGAGAGUUGUAGGUGUAGCUGAUCAAGAAAUAUUAGGUUGAAAACUAAAACUGCCAUUUUGAAAGUCUUAUCAGUGAAACAUAAACAACAGAGUGGAUGGUUUGAAAGGUGUCUCUGUCUGGUUGAAAGUAUUGCCUUAGAUUCAAGUAGUUGAUCAUUUGUCACUGCAGGUUUUCAGCUCACCUUGUCAUUGGAUGCGUCCCAAAUGGCACCCUAUUCCCUUUUAUAGUGCACUACUUUUGAAUAGGCUGUCAUUUGGGACUCGACCAUGAUGUCCCACAGUAGUUGGGAGUGGUUCUCAGACAGUCAACCUGUUGCUUGUGUGUGAAGUUGCGAAGUGUCACGUAAGGUUGUUGUGGUUUUGCAGGGGGAUAAGAUCAACCGGAGGGUGAGUAUCUGGGGUGUGGGCAGCACCUGUCUGUCAUGGUUUGGCUUUGGCAUCAGCAGGAUCCUCCUAUAUGUUCCUUACGUUGGGGGUUACGUUUUGGCUUCUCUGUCCUGUUUUCGUGCCUCCAGCCCUCUUUGUGUUUGCCUAUCUCACCCGUGUUUGUCGAGUUCUAUACUGGUACUGGUACUGACCCUUCCCUUCCUCCCAACUCCCAUAAGCCCCUGCUUUGACCCUUGACCCUCUUGCUGUGUCCGUUAUAUGGGGACUUGACUGUUGUGGAAGGAUGCAGCAGCCACUGUGGAACUCUGUCUGUUCCUCUAUAGAUCUGUUGUUGUGAGAGGGGUUACAUGCAUUAUUAUUUUCACCACUGCUGUUUCUCCUCCUGUCCUCUAGGUGGCAGCACUAUCAGUUAUUAAACUUACCGUUUCAACUGGGGUCAAAGAUUCUCCAAUUAACAUUUGUGAUAAUUUGUGUUCCCCCUUUUUUCUCCUUUGGCCCCCCCCCCUUCUCAAACAUUUGGUGUUUUUUGCAUUACGUCACCAUUGGAGGCGAAAUCUGAAAAGGUGAUUUCCUUAUGGUUUGAUAGUAUACCAUGUCAUUACUAUUUAUUGUCACGUACCGACCUCCAUUUGGAAAGAACCCUCUUCUUUCUCACACCCUUCAUCGCCCUUACAACAGGAGAGAGGUCUGCAUUGCCACAAACAUGUGUUGCCCCCCAAAUUGCACCCUAUUCCCUAUAUACUGGGGCUCUGGUCAAAAGUAGUGCACUAUAUAGGGAAUAGGGUGCCUUUUGGCACACAGCCAUGCCUGAACUAUGCAGUUUAAGUGAGGUAACUUAAUAGUGCCCAUCACUCACUGCAUAUCAUUAAGUCAGCAACCUUUUUUUCUUAUGCCCAUGGCAAUGCAUGGAUACUGUAAAGCCAUUUGAUUAUUUUUAUUAUUAUUAGCUUUUGUGGUUGCCACUCCAAAACACAGAGGCUCUAGCUUUGCAUGUGUUGUCAGCAACAUUUUGCAGCCGUGCAUUAACUUGAUUAUAGCUUUGUUCUUUUUGUAUGUGAAUGUGUAAAUAGUCCAAUAGUCAGAUUUGGGCUCUUGUGGAUUGUGUAGAGGAUGACAAAUGUGCCAAUAUGCUAUUAUAUUCCUACCAUGCCGUAACAUUUUCAUAAGUCCUGUUGUAUCACCUGCUUAGCUAAACUGCAGAGGAGUUGCAUCAUUCUUUUGUGAUACUGGUAGUGAUGGUAACCAAGGCCGUUGCUACAGUAACAGUAUAUUGUGGAACACUUAAGGGUCCUGAAAAAGUGUUUGUUUUUAACGGAAUCUGAACUAACUCGGGUUAUCCUAUGAAAUGCAUUGCAUGGUUGACCUAACCUAACCCUGGUUUAUUAAUAAUGUUCAUUUAGAUUUUGUCCCUUUUGUUGUAUUUGAAUAACUUUAUUAAUCACUAACGGUCUGCAUUGAAGUCACUAACGUGGUACUCUUGAAACAUUUAUAACAUGGUAUUUCCUGCGUAACUGCCAGAUACAAUGUUUUCCCCCACAGAAAACUCACAAGGAAAAAAUAAAGUUUGAAAGUUGACCAUGUGCCAACAAAAUUGCAUACCAUGGCAUUUUUAUUUACCAGCGCACAAUAGUCCUUAUAUCAGUCUCAAAGUGCCAUCAAGUUAUAUUAUAAAGUUCCUAUUCAACCGUAAACGUCCCGGUUGGGAAUAGAUUAGAAAUGUGUAUUCAUUUUGUUGGCCCUUAAAAUGCUGUGUAUUUGGUUGGAUUAAAUCAAACGUGUCGUCCGGAGAUAUUCAGGAGACUGAUUUAAUUGGAACAAAAUGAGACGCAAUGACAAGUUGUCUUAAACAGAAAAAUAAGACAUGCCUCAUUAUAAUAUGGAGGGGGGGGGGGGGGGGCAGACGUUUGAAUUGAACCCAGCUGAAUGAAUCUACUCUCCAUGUUGAGGAGUUGUUCUUGUUCUGACACAGAGACCAGGAUGUGGUCCAGGACUAGACUAAACCGUACAUGAGUCCUGGAUCACAGGCCAUCAUCAGGCUCUGUAGACAAUGUUCAUGUUCAAUACCUUUUCUUUUACUCAACCCUAUGCUGAUGUUGCUGCGCUAUAUUUGUGAGUGUGUUUCUUAACAAGACUUUGGUGUGUGUGUGUGUGUGUGUGUGCGUGCUUACGUGUGUAUGCAUGCCUGCGUGUGUGUGUGUGUCAUCCACAGGGCAGUAAAGUGCAGACGCGGGUCGGUCUCCUCAUGCUGCUGUGUACCUGGAUCAGUAACUGUCCCAUCGCUGUCACACACUUCCUGCACAACCAGGAGAACGUCCCCUUCGUAUCCUUCUUCAGCAAACCAUCUAGCUCAACAUCACUGUUCUAUUUCAGUUGUCUGUUGCAGUUCAUUUCACUCAGAUGGCUGGAAUAUCUAUGAUUAGCUUGGUAGUGCAGUCUGUCCUUUAACCAACUCCUCUCUGUGUUCGUUCACCACAUACAGGAUAGUAUUGUAUUGGAUAUUACAUACGUUAUUCCAUGGAAGUUCAUGAGGCCUUAUGUCUUGUGUUGCUAAGAGAAUAAGAGAGAUCAGCGCUACACAGUGGAUGCCAAUGUAUGCACCAGUCAUUGAGAAUUGUCUUGAGAAAGGGGAUUUAAUGGCAACAAGGCCUAUGUUGCUGUGACCCUUGACCCCUGGUGCCCUGUAGCUGACAGGUCAGAUAUCAGAGAACCUGGGGGAGGAUGAGAGGCUGGUGCAGGGCCUGUGUGCCCUCCUACUGGGUAUCUGCAUCUACUACAACGACAACUCUCUGGAGAACUACACCAAGUAGGACAUCUAACUACGACCCUCAUAAUAACUACACCAAGUAGGACAUCUAACUACGACCCUCAUAAUAUCGACACCAAGUAGGACAUCUAACUACCAAGUAGGACAUCUAACUGCAACCCUCAUAUUAACUACACCAAGUAGGCCAUCUAACCGCGACCCUCAUAAUAACUACACCAAGUAGGCCAUCUAACCGCGACCCUCAUAAUAACUACACCAAGUAGGACAUCUAACCCUCAUAAUGCAUCCUCUUUCACUCUCAUACCUUAUACUCUCAUAACCGCAGUUAGAACUACAUAAAGUAUGACAUCUGCUACCCUGAUAUUUUAACGCAUACCCUCUCAUACUACACCUGGGUUCAAAUAGUAUUUGUUUUCUUUCAAGUAUUUGUUUGAUUGAGCUUGGAACCAAUAUUAAAAUAGCUCCAAAAGUCCAAAACCUAUUUGAGCCAGGUUGUCUCAUACACACAGCCUUUCUACACCUCUUCACCCUACACCAGCAGUUAGAAGCACACAGUGAUGCCACUACAAUGAGAACAACAACUAUGAGCUGCCUCAUUCAGAGGGGUUGGGUUAAAUGCGAAAGACACAUGUCAGUUGAAUGCAUUCAGUUGUGCAACUGACUAGGUAUCCCCUUUACCCUUCCUUUCCUUAGCUUUAAUGCUAACCCUGCCUGUCUUGUCCUCCCCCAGAGAGAAGCUGAAGCAGCUGAUUGAGAAGCGCAUUGGGAAGGAGAACUUUGUGGAGAAGCUGGGCUUCGUCACUAAACACGAGCUGUACUCCCGCGCCGCCCAAAAGCCCCAGCCGGUCUUCCCCUCCCCUGAACAGAUGCUGUUUGACCACGAGUUUACAAAGCUGGUCAAAGAACUGGAAGGUUGGCAAACCUAACCUCAUUACAACCAUAACCUAAUCUAAAUACAACCACAACUUCAAGCAUUUCGAUGCACCUGUGAUAAUCUUCAAAUCAGCGUACGCGACCAAUAAACUUUGAUUUGACCCUAACCCAAGUACAACCAGAACCACAAUUCAGUUUGUGUUGCUGUCUUCUUUGCUCUUCUCUUGGGUGUUUUUACCACUGUGUUAAUCGUGUGUGUGUCCAUCCACAGGCGUGAUAACGAAAGCGGUCCACAAGACGAGCGAGGAGGAGAAGAAGGAGGAAGAGGUGAAGAAGACUCUGGAGCAACACGACAGCAUCGUCAUCCAGUACAAAGAUCUCAUCAGAGAUCAGGUAACUGACCUCACACACUAUUAGGCAGAAGGCCGAAACCUAUGCUCUGUUCCUUUUCUAUUUUCAUUGGCACGUUGCACUUUCACCUUUUCUAUUCUUUUGAAUUAAUUAUACUAUAACCCCUCUUUGCGUUAUUCCUUGUCAUGGUUUUGAGUGCGAGUACAUUUUGAACCCUACAGAUGUUUUCUGUCCCACCAACCGGCUGCCUUUCAUUCUAGCUUGUCCACAAAACCUCAUACUGGCUUUCUACUCACACACACACACACGCACACACGCACACACGUACACACGCACUCACACGUCAGAAACCAACUCGCCAUGCUUUCAAGCAUCACAAGUUUAUAUACACCCUCUACCCUUAGUUUAAAGGCCGCGUGCAGUCAAAAUGCAGUUGUACAACAGCUGAUGAAACUUACACUGUAAAAGUAUGAAAACAUUUUAUCAGUGUUAUUUCCUGAUAGUUUCCGGUUUAAAAUACAGUCUGCACAGGACCUUCUAAUCAGCAGGUUUACAUGGGCGGGAGUUUCGGCAUGACCAAUAACGAAAUGUUCCAAACCUCUCUGCCAAUAACAGCUAGUUUUCAGUUUUCCAAACCACACUCGGACCACUAGCUAAAUUCUUGCUUGAGGAAUAGUUUUUGGCAAAAAAGUUAUUUUAGUCAAUUUUAAUGGAAAACUAUUACCGUAAGGUACACUCGCCGGUCACAUCCACACAACCCAUUUCAUACAAUAUUCAACGGCCCUAUCCCAUUACCCUAAGAGGUCUAGUUGUGUGUUUUGGCCAAUGUCUCUUGUCUUGUAAAGAAGUGUCUGUCAUCUCUCAACCAGGACACGCAGAUCCAGGAGCUGAGGGAGCAGGUGUCCACCCUGUCUCUGAACAGUGAACAGAUGCAGACUCAGAUCACACAGCAGCAGUCCCAGAUCCAGCAACACAAAGACCAGUACAACAUCCUCAAGCUGAAACUAGGUACUGUAGGCUAACCUGGUAUUACACAGCAAAAAAUUGCCUCUGAAUCCAUUGGAAAAGAAGAGCGCAACAUCGUGCUUGGAUCUAUUGCUAAUUAAUUUUUUUGGGGGGGUGGGGGCUUAUCAAUGUAGAUGUUCAUCGUGUCAAUUCCAUGUGCCACUGUCUAUAAUGGUAGUUGAAAUGGAGGUGUAUUACUGAUGCGGACUUGUUGCGACUGCACUUGUUGAUGAUAAAUAGGAUUGUAAAUGUGAUAAUGACUGAUUUGAUGUGUGUUGUGUCCAGGUAAAGACAGCCAAGGUCUGUCCUCCAGCCAGGGGGAGGGUGCUCACGUUAACGGGCUCCACUCAGAGGAGCUGAGCCAGCUCAGAGAGGAGGUGGAGGAGCUCCGCAGACAACACACACUACAACACACACAGCUCAGCGAAAAGGACUCACUCAUCAACACACUGGUGCGUGUGUGUGUUUUGGGGGGGGGGGGCAGAUAUCAGAAAAAUCUCUGGGUUAUCCCUCCCUGUGUUAAGAGUUCUAUGUAAAUGUAAUGUAUCGUGGAUGUUUCUUGAAUUGGACAAGAUGGACCUGAAGAAUGACUGACCGAUUCAUUCUCUUUUGUGGGUUAGUAGAUCUGAAUGGCGGUUGAUGAUGAUAUCUAAGUGCUGCUUUAUCAUUUCUGAUAGGAAGUCUCAGCCGUUGAGCGCUUCCUGUUCUAAUAGUUGUGAUGUCUUGUAGAGGUGCGAGGCGGAAGCAGCACAGACAGCUGAAGGUGGAGCGGAAGGGUCCGACAACACAGCGCUUCUCAGGGUAAGACCCAGUCACAGACGGGACAUGUGUAGAAUACACAUGAGUAUAGUCAUAGCCCACUGUAUUCUAGAGACAUUAUACUGAUGACUGAGUUACUGAUGGUUGUUCCCACCAGGAGGUGGAGUCGUUGAGGAGUCGUGUCCAGGCUCAGUGUGCAGAGAUCAGCCAGCUGCAGACAGAGAGACAGGAGCUCAUCAGGAGAGCUGAGGCCGUGGUGAGAACUCACACCCAGCCAUCACCAUGUCUUGAGACGUCUUAAGGCUGUUGCAUACAAACAUGACCUUUCACACUUUACUCCAACUGUUGUUGACCCCCCCCCCCCCCAGACAGUUCUUUGGUCCAUAUUUCCCAUUUUGUUAUGCAUGACUGUAUAUGUUAUGACCACUGCACUUAGUACAGAGAUGUAACUACUCACUCUCUCUCCUUCCCCCUCUCUUAGUCCUCGGCCCCAGCCCCCAGCAUUGAGAGCUCGGCAGACACAGCUAAAGUGUCUGAACUGGAGAGCAGGCUGGCUGCUCAGACCACAGAGACAGAGAGACUUAAGGUACUGUACCAUCACCAACAUCUCUGUAGGUAGCUGCUGUCUGUUCAGAAGGGAGCAGCGUUCAAAUACAAAGGGAUUGAACAGGGGUACUCAACUCUGACCCUACGAUGUCCGGAACCUGCUGGUUUUCUGUUCUACCUGAUAAUUAAUUGCACCCACCUGGUGUCCCAGGUCUAAAUCAGUCCCUGAUUAGAGGGGAACAAUGAAUGCAGUGGAACUGGCUUCGAAGUUCUCAGCCAGGCAAAUACAAGCGGGGUACAAAGCACACUAUUGUUAAACAAUGAGGGGUCUCUUUUGGCUUACUCUGGCUAUGGGGACACUGACGCUCGAGUGACCGCUGCAAUCGCAAGCAACAUCUGGGCGGCCUAUGACAAGAAUGGGCAUCAAGCUUUCAACGAAGACAAACUCAAAUUUAUUCUGAUGGAUUGCAUGGAAGGCAGGGUGGCCAUCACACGGGUAGCUAACCUACUCCUGUGCAUGUAUGCCAAAGAGACUGUGGGCUUUGGAAUGCUUAAAGCCAAGGCUGAAGCGCUGGUACUGUACCUGGAGGAACCUUUAACCCAAGUUGCUGCAUCAUAGGGGAAGUCUGGCUGGAGUGUUGUGUUAAAUUUUGGCCCCCCUGAAAAUACAUGAACUCUUGUUGCAUAUGUGAAGGCUUCACCUGGUCUUCAUUAACCACCACAGUCUGUGUAUGAAUGAACAGAGUAUUUAUGUUGUGAUUACUAUAUUUAUACUCAAUAUGCUCUAACUUAAUGCUUGAGUUUUUAGUCAUUUGGCCUUUUGUGGCAUGCAGUUCUAAUUUGUAAGUCGCUCUGGAUAAGAGCGUCUGCUAAAUGACUUAAAUGUAAAAUGUAAAUGUCCAGAGUUGAGUUUGAGGUGUAUAGAACAGCCUGAUGGUCUGUUUUGUAGAAUAGAGGGUCAUGUCAGCUCUAUACUUACAUUGCAUUUCUAUCUGAAACAUUCUGAAAGUUUCACCUCGCUGAAUAAACGUAUUGAGUUUGCCUGAUCGAGGGCUGCGUUUACACAGGCAGCCCAAUUCUGAUAUUUUCUUUCUCCCACUAAUUGGUCUUUUGACCAAUCACAUCAGAACUUUUCACAUCAGAUAUUUUUCUGAGCUGAUCUGAUUUGUCAAAAGACCAAUUAGUGAAACAAAGAUCAGAGUUGGGCUGCCUGUGAUAUCACCCUAUUAGUAACUGACUCCUGACCGUACCCAGCUAAAGGUUGGCUGAGACGUUGUGAAACCUCUCAAUUAUUCAACAUCUUAAGUAUGACCUUCGUGUAUGUGGCCACUUCCUCUCUCUAAUGCUAGUGGGGGGAAAAAACUUCUGCACAUGAUCAUCCGAUGCAGUUGAAUUAUUAAUGUUUUUGGUCAGACGGCCAUGUUGAAACCAUGCACUUCCUUGUUAGCUGCCCUACCUCUCUCUCUACCUUCCUCCCCGCCAGGAGGAGUGUCGGGGCCUGAGGGAGGGACGUGCGGGGCUGGAGCAGCAGUUGGCAUCGGCCCAGAGCACGGUGGCCAUCGAGCAGACGGAGAAGACCAAGCUGCAGCAGGAGGUGCAGGAGUCCAAGAAGGAGCAGGACGACCUCCUCAUGCUGCUGGCCGACCAGGACCAGAAGAUCCUCUACCUCAAGCAACGUCUCAAAGACCUGGGAGAGACGGUAGGAGAAACCAUCUGUUCCUAUUGUAGUGUUCUCAAAAUACAGAUGAUGGAUCCUCCGUCUCAAGCAGAGAUUCAAAGGUUAAUGUUAUUAUUAUGGUUUUAGUGGAGGUAGAUGGUUAGGUUAGUUGGAUGUUGAGAGGUUUUAGAUUGAUCUCAUAUUUAUUUAAUAUUUCAUUGUUACAUGUUGGGCUGGUUUCCUGGGGAGCUGUGAUGAGUCAUUCUACCUGUGUAGUAGUUGAAUGAGGACAUAACUUGUCGUCCUAACCAGCUAGCACUACGUCCCUGUACUCCCUGUGUCCUAGUUAGAAUGUGACCCUCUCCUUACAGAUUGAUGAAGAGGAAGAGGAUGAGCUGGACGCCAGGGACCAAUUCGAUGACGAUGAAGACGAGGAGGAGGAGGAGGAGAACAAUGACUAG